UUUAGAUAUUUAAUUCCUUUUAUUUUUUUUCUGUGUUUCUAUAAUUGAACUUCAUUCUUAUUCUAUUAUUUGGCUGUUGUGAAGUUUCAGGCAUGCCAUACCGUAAGUGAAGCGUACUACAACUUCAGAUUAGCCUUGUGUUUUUUACCAUUAGAAGGAUUGAAUCACACUCCAGUCCGUUGAAUUACGGAUUUCGUUCAAUUCUUUGGAAGAUUUUUAUUAAUUUUCUGUGUCCCUUCGUUUUAUGAUUUUUCGUUGUAUCUAAACUGCCAAAAAUCUCUUUCAGCCCGUCCAUAGCCCUUUUCCUUCAUACUCUAUUACCACACUUGAUGUUGCAAAACUUUGCAUUCCAGGCUCUACGACGAGCAGGGCGGUUGAACUUUCGACGCAUAGGUGCCGCAAAUAGUCUUGGCUUUCGUUACAAGAGCGAUACAUCAUCCUCCUUGAAUUUGUUUACACCUGCAUGGAAAGACCAAGCAGCUAAUACAAUUAUCAAAUUUGUUCCCCAGCAAAUGGCAUAUGUCGUUGAGCGCAUGGGUCGUUUUUCAAGAAUUUUGAAUCCUGGUAUUGCUUUCCUUAUCCCUGUUGCCGAUAAGAUUUCUUACAUUCACUCUUUAAAGGAGCGCGCUUUGGAAAUACCUACCCAGUCUGCCAUCACUUUGGAUAAUGUUUCUAUAGGUCUAGAUGGUAUUUUGUAUGUUCAAGUUUAUGAUCCUUUUAAAGCAAGCUAUGGUGUUGAAGAUGCAGAUUAUGCCAUUUCACAAUUAGCUCAGACAACAAUGCGCAGUGAAAUUGGACGGCUUACACUUGAUCAUGUUUUACGAGAACGACAGUCUCUGAAUGAACAUAUAUCAGAUGCUAUUAACAAAGCUUCUGAAAAUUGGGGAAUUCGUUGUUUGCGCCAUGAAAUUCGUGAUAUUCGUCCACCUGAAAGUGUAGUGAUGUCUAUGCAUCAACAAGUAUCGGCUGAACGCCAAAAACGCGCAGAGAUUUUGGCUUCUGAAGGAAGAAGACAGUCUGCGAUUAACGUUGCCGAGGGUGACAAACAAGCUGAAAUUUUAGAUUCUGAAGGCCAAAAGAUUCGAAUAAUUAAUGCCGCCUUGGCGGAAGCUCAAGCAAUACGUGAAAGAGCUUUUGCUACAGCAAAAGGAAUUGAUGUUUUAUCAGAUAUGAUUUCCCAAAAAGACCAUGGAACCGAUGCUGUUAACUUACACGUUGCUGAACAAUACCUAAAGAAUUUUGGGAAACUUGCAAAAACAUCGAACACAAUGAUUCUUCCCGCGGCUGCUAAUGACAUUUCUUCUAUGGUGGCUCAAGCGUUAUCCAUCUACAAGCAAGUGUCGAAAUCUUCAGCACCUUCAGGUUCUUUGCAAAAAGAUAUUUCUUCCCUGAAUUCGAAUAGUGUAGAAACUGACAAGAAGCCCUAAGCUCCAAGAUAACGAUUUUCAAUCAUCUUUUACGAAUCUAGAUGGAAACGUAAAAAUAUAAUUUACAAUUAACAUCACCUCCUCUUUAUGUACUUCAGAUUUUUCUUAAAAUGAAAUAUUAUGAUAAAACUUGGA